UGCCAGUCCGUAUAAAUAAGGCAUCACUACGGAAGCCAAAGUUGUCCUAAAAAACAGUCCUGACGAAACGAACUGAAGAUGACUUCUCGCCUGUUUUCUGUAUCGCUCAUGGUGAGCGCCCUCGUUUUCGGCCUUGUCGACAGUCAAAUUAUUUCAGUAACAAAUGGAGAAGUUGAAGGAGACUGGGGACCAAUGGAUUCGUGUCCGGGCGUAUCACGGGCCGUCUACUACUCCACCCGUAACGAUGCGAACCAAGGAACGGACUUCACUUCACUGAAUGCGAUUCAGUUAACUUGCGACAAUGGUGGCGGAACCAUCAUUACUUCGACUGAAGGACUUGUUGGACAAAUGGGCCCAGGCCGCGGGUGCGCUGCAGGAGCGUUCCUUUCUGCUUUCCAAUUGAAAGUCCAGCCGAACGGGGUUGAUGCCGAUAACACCGCAGCCAACAGCAUUCGUUUCCGAUGCACGGACGGUGUUGAAUUAGCUAGCGUGGGAAACCAAAUUGGCGUUUUCGGCGAGUACAGUGCUGAUUGCCCGAAUGGAAUCUGCGGAAUCCAGACCCGCGUGAAACCCUUUGAUGCUGCAACAGACAACACGGCUCUUAAUGAUGUCCGUUUUGAAUGCUGCGCUUAAAUGUCGAUGAUUGAUUCCCAGACAAAUUUUACCUAUGCACGGCCACCUUAAUAUCAUCUAAAAAUAUCUUUUGAAAUUAAAGGCAAAUAAAACGUUAAUUCGAUUCUUA